AACUGCCCCGUAAGGGUCAGGAGUACAGCAGACCCUGAAAACUGAGCUGUCCCCAACCCCCAAAGUAGGAAAGCUGAAGGGAAAGGGAGGGACAGAACAGAGAGGGAAGAAGGAGGGGCAGCCCACAGGCUGCUGUACCCCCCCUCAACACACACACACAAAGCCAGCUCAGAUUCAACUCUAGGAGCAACUCAGCUGCAGAGGAAACGGCAGCCCCUAUCUGGACAGCAGGCAGACAGACAGACAGACGGACAGAGGUCCUGGGACUGGAAGUCCUCAGCCUCCAGCUGCUUGGCCAGGCCUGGCCCCAUGGCCUUCAAUGACCUCCUGCAGCAGGUGGGGGGCGUCGGCCGCUUUCAGCAGAUCCAGGUCACCUUGGUGGUCCUCCCCCUGCUCUUGAUGGCCUCCCACAACACCCUGCAGAACUUCACCGCUGCCAUCCCCUCCCACCAUUGCCGCCCACCUGCCAACGCCAACCUCAGCAAGGAUGGGGGACUGGAGGCCUGGCUGCCUCGGGACAGGCAUCGGGGGCAGCCCGAGUCCUGCCUCCACUUCACCUCCCCCCAGUGGGGACUCCUAUCUCCCAAUGGCACAGAGGCCAAUGGCACGGGGGACACAGAGCCCUGCACCAAUGGCUGGAUCUAUGACAACAGCUCCUUCCCUUCCACCAUCGUGACUGAGUGGGACCUCGUGUGCUCUCACAGGGCCUUACGCCAGCUGGCCCAGUCCUUGUACAUGGUGGGGGUGCUACUCGGAGCCAUGGUGUUUGGCUACUUGGCAGACAGGCUGGGCCGCAGGAAGGUGCUGAUCUUGAACUACCUGCAGACAGCCGUGUCAGGGACCUGUGCGGCCUUUGCACCCAACUUCACUGUCUACUGUGCCUUCCGGCUCCUCUCAGGCAUGUCUCUGGCUGGCAUCGCCCUCAACUGCAUGACUCUGAAUAUGGAGUGGAUGCCCAUUCAUACACGAGCCUACGUGGGCACCUUGAUCGGCUAUGUCUACAGCGUGGGCCAGUUCCUCCUGGCUGGCGUGGCCUAUGCAGUGCCCCACUGGCGCCACUUACAGCUGCUGGUCUCUGCACCUUUUUUUGCCUUCUUCAUCUACUUUUGGUUCUUCAUCGAGUCAGCCCGUUGGUACUCCUCCUCUGGGAGGCUGGAUCUCACCCUGAAGGCCCUGCAGAGAGUGGCCUGGAUCAAUGGGAAGCAAGAAGAGGGGGCCAAGCUGAGCAUGGAGGUGCUCCGGGCCAGUCUACAGAAGGAGCUGACUAUGGGCAAAGGCCAGGCCUCGGCCUUGGAGCUGCUGCGCUGCCCCGCCCUUCGCCGCCUCUUCCUCUGCCUCUCCAUGCUCUGGUUUGCCACUAGCUUUGCCUACUACGGGCUGGUCAUGGACCUGCAGGGCUUUGGGGUCAGCCUCUACAUAAUCCAGGUAAUCUUUGGUGCCGUGGACCUGCCUGCCAAGCUGGUGUGCUUCCUUGUCAUCAACACCCUGGGUCGCCGGCCUGCUCAGAUGGCCUCUCUGCUGCUGGCGGGCAUCUGCAUCCUGGUCAAUGGGGUGGUACCUCAGGAUCAGUUCAUUGUUCGAACCUCCCUUGCUGUGCUGGGGAAGGGCUGUCUGGCUGCCUCCUUCAACUGCAUCUUCCUGUACACGGGGGAGCUCUACCCCACAAUGAUUCGGCAGACCGGCAUGGGAAUGGGCAGCACCAUGGCCCGAGUGGGCAGCAUCGUGAGCCCACUGGUAAGCAUGACCGCCGAGCUCUACCCCUCUGUGCCCCUCUUUAUCUACGGCGCUGUCCCCGUAGCUGCCAGCGCUGCCACUGCCCUUCUGCCGGAGACCCUGGGCCAGCCACUGCCGGACACAGUGCAGGAUCUGGAGAACAGGCGGAGAGGAAAACCAAGGCGGCAACAGCAAGAACAGCAGAAGCAGAUGGUCCCACUCCAGGCCUCUGCACAAGAGAAGACUGGACUCUGAGAACUGAAAUGGGGCCUUACAGAGCCCUAAAGGGAAGAGAGGCCUACAGAUCCUGGGUCGCCCACACAAGGAGGGCCAUGGUAGCCCAAGUAUGGGGACUAUGGUUCAGGGACACACCUCCCCAGGGGUCCCUCUCCCUGAAUAGACCCCACCAAGACCACAUCAUUAAAAGGUUUGGCUGUGCAACACUU